AUGGACUACAUCCGCAAACAGAUGUGGAUCUCUUCGAGACCUCGAGCAGGAAUCAGGGUGGACGGACAACCGAUCAAACUCGUCGAUGAGUUCUGUUACCUGGGCUACAACCUGAAGAACAACGGCUACUACGAAAAAGAUAUUCAGCAAAGAAGCGCUAAGGCCGCUUCCGCAUUCAACUCCUUAACGAAAUGCCUGUGGUCGACCACCAUCACCAAUGAAGUCAAGUGCGAGUCUAUCUAUCAGCAAUUCGCCCCAUGA